AUGUCGUCUCUUGGUACCUCCUUUGUGCAAAUUAAGUUUGACGACUUGCAGUUUUUUGAAAACUGCGGCGGAGGAAGUUUUGGGAGUGUUUAUCGAGCCAAAUGGAUAUCACAGGACAAGGAGGUGGCUGUAAAGAAGCUACUCAAAAUAGAGAAAGAGGCUGAAAUACUGAGCGUCCUCAGUCACAGGAACAUCAUCCAGUUUUAUGGGGUGAUUCUGGAGCCCCCCAACUAUGGCAUCGUCACAGAAUAUGCUUCCCUGGGGUCCCUGUAUGACUACAUUAACAGCAACAGGAGUGAAGAGAUGGACAUGGAUCACAUCAUGACCUGGGCCACCGAUGUAGCCAAAGGGAUGCACUACUUACACAUGGAGGCUCCGGUCAAGGUGAUCCACAGAGAUCUCAAGUCAAGAAAUGUCGUUAUUGCUGCUGAUGGAGUACUGAAGAUCUGUGACUUCGGUGCCUCUCGGUUCCACAACCACACAACACACAUGUCCUUGGUUGGAACUUUCCCAUGGAUGGCUCCAGAAGUUAUCCAGAGUCUCCCUGUGUCUGAAACCUGUGACACGUAUUCCUAUGGUGUGGUUCUCUGGGAGAUGCUAACAAGGGAGGUCCCCUUUAAAGGUUUGGAAGGAUUACAAGUAGCUUGGCUUGUAGUGGAAAAAAACGAGAGAUUAACCAUUCCAAGCAGCUGCCCCAGGAGCUUUGCCGAGCUGUUACAUCAGUGUUGGGAAGCUGAUGCCAAGAAACGGCCAUCAUUCAAGCAAAUCAUUUCAAUCCUGGAGUCUAUGUCAAAUGACACAAACCUUCCUGACCAGUGCAACUCAUUCUUGCACAACAAGGCAGAAUGGAGGUGUGAAAUUGAGGCAACCCUUGAGAGGCUGAAGAAACUAGAGCGAGACCUCAGCUUUAAAGAGCAGGAGCUCAAAGAACGGGAGAGACGCUUGAAGAUGUGGGAGCAGAAGCUGACCGAACAGUCCAACACCCCGCUUCUCUUGCCUCUUGCUGCAAGAAUGUCUGAGGAGUCUUACUUUGAAUCUAAGACAGAGGAGUCAAACAGUGCAGAGGUGUCAUGCCAGAUCACAGCAACAAGUAACGGGGAGGGCCAUGGCAUGAACCCAAGUCUGCAGGCCAUGAUGCUCCUGGGCUUUGGGGAUGUCUUCUCAAUGAACAAAGCAGGAGCUGUGCUGCAUUCUGGGAUGCAGAUAAACAUGCAAGCCAAGCAGAAUUCAUCCAAAACCACAUCAAAGAGGAGGGGGAAGAAGGUCAACAUGGCCCUGGGGUUCAGUGAUUUUGACUUGUCGGAAGGUGAUGAUGAUGAUGGUGAUGAUGGUGAGGAGGAAGGGAAUGAUGUGGAUAAUAACAGUGACUGACAGCAGAAAGUAAUAAAACUGAAAUGUUUUUUUUUUUUUAAUGGAAGAAAUGUAUUAUCUCAGUCUGUGCAAACAGCAGCAUAGGGAGGCAAGCACCGAGUACUGCAUCUUAGGCCAUGCUCACCGAGGGCGGUUUCCUCAUCAGUGUGACUUUACUUCUGCACUUAGAAAAGUGCAGCACGGGAAUUAAGCUAAAGGCAUAUUUAUUAGCAAGUGUGGUGCCUGGUUAUAGAAACGUGCGAUUACAUACGUACCAUGUUCUUAAAUGACAUUUGGGCCUUUCCGCUUUCAGGUACAUACUUGGUAGUUUGUAUUUGACUAUUUUAUUCCUUUCACUCACUCGGUUGGGAAAAUGUCCAUUUGGAACAAAUGCUACUCCUGACUCCGCUAAGGUUCUUCCUUGUACAGUACAUUGUAAUGGUGGAGGUGAUGGAUUUCUAUAAAAUACAGCCACACUAAAAAAGAAAAAAAAAAAAAGCCUGAGAUGAAAGGAGAUUAUUUAAAAGAAAAUGCUUCUUCAGAAAUACCUAAACACCAAGAAUUUACAAACCAAAUAGCACACAGCUUGUCAAAGUAAAACCUCUAUGGUGUUCACUAGUGACAUUUGAAGAGGAAAUCCUCUGGGUUUGAAGCAAGCUAGCUUGCAUCCCCCAUGCUGGGUGGAAGCACUCUAACAUGAACACACUGUCACCCUAGGCUUAGCUUGUAGUGCUUUGCACAGAAACAGAGAAACGGGAUGGGUCUAGGCAUGAGCAAGCUGAGCACUCACCUGCUCUGUACUUCCAAUGAAGGCACUCUGUUUCUGUUUCCCAGAGAUACAUAUAAUAAUAUUAGAUUUUAAUCUAUGUGUAGGAAAAAUAAACACUAUAAAUAGGGAAGAAAGUUAUCCUUCUUAGGCACAAGUGUGUUCUGAACAGGUCUUUCUGUUAAAUGUAGCUAUACAGUGUUGCCCCCCCACACACACCUUCUUUACUUUUCACUGAGCUCUGUGAUGUUGGUUUGAGAAAUCGAUUCAGGUGCUACUUAUUAUGAAGGCCAGGCUACCCAGAGACACUCUCAGAAGACUAGCUUGUCUGUCAAAACCUAUUUACGCUAUAAACGCCUAUAAAAUUACAACUAGAUAAAGGCAAAAGAAGACAAAACUCGUCAGCCUAACUCACACAUAGUGUUAUUCAAUGAAAACGAACUAGUUUUCAUGGGCCUUUUUUGUUUAGAAGCUCUGACAUCAGGUGGGUGUGUUGGCUCGUGUCCAUAAUCCUGGCACUUGGAAGCUGAGGCAGAAGGACAGUGAGUUUAGUAACAGCCUGAUCGAGCUACAAAGCAAGACUCUGUCCCAAGAAAGGAUUAGGUGUCAUCUACUAGUGCUUCUAAUUAUGUUUGGCUAUGAAGUCUUUGGGAAUCUGAGAUGGGAUAUGCUUCUAAUCCUCAGUGAGAAUUGAAAUAUGCUACCAAAAAUGAAAAGCAUACACUCCAACUUUAUUUGGGGAGAAAUAAGGAGUGCAGUGUUCUGGGUGUCUGUUUGAUGUGCAGUCGUGGGUAGACGAUUUAAUCUCAGAGCCCGUUUACCCUUCAUUAUCAUGAUGGGAAUGCUAAUCUACUUCAAAGAAAAAGAAUCAGAAGAAAGUGUAUGACCGUGUAGCAUAGCGCCAGGCCAUGGCAGGUGCCACUUAACACUACCUAGAGUUCAUUGCCAAGUCAGAGACACGAGAAAUAAGUGGGUUCAGUAACCUCCUGCAACACUAAACUGUCUAUUGCAAGUCAUGCUUACUCAGAAGCAUAAAGUUAAAAGUAGAUAGCCUUCAGGAAAUAUAAAGAGAGCAAAUUUUAGGAUGUAAAAUAUGCAAACAGAUUUAAUUCAGUUGCUCUUGGAACCUGUGUGCUGUGGCCAGGUCCACCUGUGCUGGGUGUUUACAGACUGGUACAGUCUGCCUGAGAAGAUGACUCCCCCUCAUGCCGGUCCUGCUGUAAUCUGCUGCACAUAUAUAUUCUAGAUAUGUAGCCAGGCCACUCAAACAACAUCUUGGAGGGGGGCAAAAGUUGAUACCUAGCAACCUCUGAUUUCCCAGCAUGCUGUGAGUACCUGACAGAGACAAUGGCAGGUACAGGCUCUUAAAGCCUCUUACACAUCUGCCCAGGCAAAUGUAAAGUCUUUUGUUCAACAGGUGUUCUCUGGGACCCUGGUGUCUAGCGAGUUCUCAAGAAUAGCUAGAUGACAGCGCCUGUACUCGUGGUGCAUGCGUGCUAGUGAGCAGGAGUGAGCAGUCAGUGAAGCUUGUAUCAUAGAAUGUUAGGAUUUUAAGUGCAUGAUGGAGAUUGGAGGAAGGGAGAGGAGGCUGGUGGGAGAGGUCUUCUAAGUGUGGUCAGAAAAGGCCCUGCUGAUGGAUAACAUUUGCACAAAGCAGAGGGUAGUGAAGGGAGCUCUGCGAGAGGUGAGUUCUGCCCUAGAUGGAAGAACAUACACCACACACACACACACACACACACACACACACACACACACGCUAAUCAGGAGUUGGUUUAGAACAUAUAAAUGGCAUGGAAAUCAUGUUUUUUCCCUAAAUUAAUACCUAAAUCCAUAUUCUAUAUAAAAAUGCAUUAAAAGUCAGCCAGACAGUGCCACUAGGGAAAAGUUGCUGGAUUCUAUACCCAGACCUAGGUUUACCAUUACCAGGCAUAUUUCUCCCGUGUCUUAGCUGCUGCCUUUUUCUCCACCAAUAUUGCAGCCAUGCUCAUAGAUCAGUACUGAGUCAUGGAGAAACCACGGGACUUGGGAUAGAGCCUCGUUGGAGAGCUUACAAAUGCUCUGUCUGGAACUACAUAAUAUACCAUUGGCUAUUUUAAUUCUCUUCCAAAUUAAUCUCUAGCUAGUGGCUUAGAAAUGUUCAAACAUGCCGAGCAUGGUAGUGCACACCUUUAAUCCCAGCACCCAGGAGGCAGAGGUAGGAGAAUCUCUGUGAGUUUAAGACCAGCCUGGUCUAUAAAGUGGGUUCCAGGACAGCCAGGGAUGUUUCACAGAGAAACUGUCUGGGGGGGAUGGGUGGAGGAAAUGCUCAAACAUACCUGAAAUCUGACUCAUAUAAACAGGAUCCUAUGGAGUUCUCACACCAUCUGUAAAUGUCACUAGAAAGCUUUAGGUUCAAUUCAUUGUAUUUAAAAAAAUGUCUAUUAGUCACAUGCAGAAUUUCUAAUGAUGUUAAUGUAGGUCUAACUCACUUCUUAGGUCAGGUUUGAAAUGACAAACUGUCAGUGUUAGAUUUUAUUCCAAUGGCAUGACCUACAAAGGAACACAAUUCAGAAUUUAAAGAAGUCCCCAAAAAUGUAAAGGUUCAGAUCGAGAAUUAGAACUCUAGAUUGUGGUGAUAAUUGUCAGCCAGACGGCUCAAUACCUCACCUUUACCCUUCUCUGAGCAUGGAAAAUUUGAGGACACCAACUGUAGGUCUCAGCUGAGGGGAAUUGUCACCUUGACUAACCUGCUUACAGCCCUGCCUGGUGGCAUCCUGCUUGCCAAGGACAGUCCCAUCUUGCAAAAUCCCCACAGCAUUGCCCUGUCCCCACUGUGGUUUGUUAAGUCUCCACUUCUGCUAUUCCAGCUCUAGUUUUCCCCCAAACAAAAUUACCCAAGCCUUUUCAGAGCGAUAAUGACACCUCCUGCAUUUUAGGAAGUUGUAGCUUUUUCUCAGAACCCUGUUUGUGGAAAUGAUUUCUUCUCCCCCCCAUGGUUGCUGGUAGGAACGCUAUGAAAUAACUGCAUCCACCUGGGGGAGGGGCACUGACCCGUUAAGGUGACUCCGCAAUAGCACAGCGCUGGUGAAGAGACCAUCAUUCUGCAGUCAUUUAAAGGGAAUUUUUUUUCUAAUCUUUUUUUUUUUAAAGCAAAAUCACAUUUUUAUUGUUUCACAAAUCGCCAAUAGGAGAAGGUUGAAAGCACAUGGCAUACUUCUUUAGAUGUCCUGAAAAUACUGAGGACUGCUUUGGGUUUGUUAUUUGUUGUUGUUGUUUUUUGUUUUUUAAACCAGUAACUUAAAAAAAAAAAAAAAAGCAGUGAAUUUGUUAGACUUUUAACACCAGCUGAGGUAAUACUUGAUCCCCAUUAAAAUCAAAGGGGGUAUUCAGGAGAGACCCGGAGCCAUUUCCCUUCAAGUUACUAUGUAUGUAUAUAACUCCAGUUUUCAUUAGAGUGCUAAGCAUUUUAUGAAAGAUGGUUUUAAAACCUAGUGAGUUAAAUAUUGAUACUUUAAAAAACGAUUUUGUCACACUAGACUUGGACAGCCUUGUGAAACCAGUCGAGUCCCACUAUACCACAGACACACAGUUGAGCAUAAAUCUUUCUGUAAUCAGGCACCGUCUGCUGCUUUCGAGAAAGACCAUUUUCCUGUGUAGACUAUAAGCACUGUCUCAGAGGCUCCAUCCUGCCUCACGUAGCGUAGCCUGACAGACAGCUCUAGGUACAGCAUUCUGUGAUUAAAAAAUGAAGGUCUAUCAGGAAAUUGGGGACAGGCCAUGUUUUCUCAGACUCCAACCUUGUGGGCACUCUGUUGCUUGUGUGAGAAACUUUCUGGCAUGCAGUUAGUUAUUUCAAACUAGAGUUCAGGCACUGAGGCAACUGUUUUAUAGCAUGUGAGGAAUUCUCUUAAUUCCCACACUACACACUGCUUUUGCACUCUAAAAAACUGCUAUUAGAAAAUAUUUCUAUCCUUUGAGUGUGGGCUUUUAAUAGGAGGCAUCAUCACUGUGUUUUCAUAGCAGUCUUCUCCCUUGCACUCUAUUGCAAUGUUAUUCUGAGCAAGUCUUAUGCCAAAUGCCAUGUAUAAUGUUUGUAUGGAUGAUUAAACUGCGCUCCUGUGUGGUAAGACUGUUUAGUUGCCGACUUCAUAAUUGGGAUUUGAUAUCCCAGCACGGAGUCCACGAUGUAUUCAGAAAUCCAAGUUGGUGUCAUACAUUUCAUUCUGAUGUGAACUUUUCUCUGCUUUCCUUUGUUCUAAGACUCCAUUUUGCAAUAAACGUUUUGACAGUAAA